CUCUACUCGUCAUUACGGUAUAGGCGGAAGCUGUGUAUUCAGUCCUGACAACCGAUUACUGAUAACAACCGGGACCGGCUGCCUCCUUCUGGUCUGGGCUACAGGGACCGGCCAUCUGUUACAGCGACUCUGCCUGGGUGCUUCUGAAUGUCUGAUGUCGGGCCUCAGUAUGGAUGGAAAACUAAUGAUCGUACAUCCGCCCGGCAACAUGGCCGAUUCCGCCAUCACAACUUACAAUAACAACCUUUCCCUUGCCUCUGUUGCCUUGGCCAAC